AUGCAUAAAGGAGGAGCUCCUAGAGGGUUUCGGAGAGGUGAAGACGAGGGUGGCGCGUCGCAGCUUCUUGGUGCGCGUCGCAGUUCCCGGUGCGCGUCACGGUUCUUGGUGCACGACAAGGGUGGUUUUCGCUUGGGGAUUCGAUUGGGGAAACAGAGGUUAGGGAUUCGAUUGGGGGAAGGAGAUGGGAGAGACGGUGGUUUUCGCUACUACGAUAAGGGCAAGGAGACGGUGGUUUUCGCUACUGCGAGAAUGAAUUUGGUAAUGGCUAGGAGCAAGGGAAGAAUUCCAGAGGGAGUCGAGUCUGUAAGGGCCUAG